AAAAUCGUCGAGUCAUUCAUAACCGCAGACCACACAAUACUUGGAAUGACGCCGCUAGCCAAACCAGUCAACCUAGCCGACAACAGCGGAGAUUUAAUUGGAGAAAUAGAGGAUUGACGAUUAAUCAGCCACAAAGUACCUUAAAACCAGUGACACCAAAAACCACUUCUGCAACCAGUGUUACUAGAAGCUGGGAUCACGUCACACGGCAAGUAUCCCCUCAGCCAAUAUACACAACAUCUCCUCCACCAGUAAUACGACAAAACGUCAAGUCGGCCGUAGUACAUAACAGAUGGAACAACCAUCGCUUGGGAAAUACAAUCAGCAACAAAGUUAAAACUGUGUCUACAAGUAAAGAAGUGAACAGUCGGCCAUCUUAUACACGUUCCAACUCUCCACACAGUACUAAACCCCAACUACACACUAAGCACACUUCUUCAACUUCCCCUAGAUGGCAGCGGACGAACAACAGGUUUAAUCGAAAUCAAAUGAACAAUCGCUUUCAAGCGAGGAAUCAGUGGAAUAAUAAAAGACAGCAGCAAUCGUCCUCAGUUGGUAUCGUUUCACAACAGCGCUCAUAUCAGAAUGCCAAAGCUGCACGACACUCUCCCGUUCAAGGCGACACAAGAAGACAAUCUCCUGCUCGUGGCGAGUUCAUAGCCUCAUCUGUAAAACAAUCAAGGAAGCCCAACAAAGCGGUACAGGGUGUUAAACGCUUUCCGGUGGACCAAUCAUCACACAACUCACAGACUGCUGAACUCCAAAGUCCAGAUAACCGGUUUUCAAAUGCUGUGUAUCCCAAUCACGUUAAGACUCCCCAGAGAACAAUGUAUAGACCCAAAACAAAAUAUUUCAACUCCAGAAGUGGAACAGUGAAUAUGGAUGCUUCUCCGGGGGCUUCUAAAUAUACAGCAUCUAGAGCAGGACUUUCCUUUCCAUCUAGUUUACCAAGGACUGGAUCAUCGACUGGUGCCACUAAGUGGAGUGCCCCUACAUCGCAGGGAACCACAACAUACAACCAUAGAACCAAACAGUCAUCGUCUGGCCAAGUCAAUAAUAGGAGGUUUGUUCCAUCGUCGAACGUGGCAACCCUUUCCACAUCUUCCCGUCGGUUUACCCCACAACAGGCUCAGGUGGAUAACGUAUCAAAUGCCCGUCGAGGUUAUCAGCAGAUUAACACACGCACUCAGGAAGUCUACGGAACCACCGGAAAUAGCCAGAUUAAGAAACAAAUGCCAGUUGAUUCCACCACUAACAAUAGGGAAUCACCAGCAACUCCAUCAUUAGUAUCCGGGUCUCUAAACCAAUGGUCAAAUCCAGCAACAUCUCAAAAAAUUGAGUCCGAAUCGUCACCACCGAAUACACGAAUUAAACCAGCUCGUUCACCUUCUGAAGCCCUGAGUGGAUCUGUAUCGGAGUCAUCUUCGCCAACAUUAAUAUCCCAAAAUGCAUGGAGCUCUUCUUUCAAUAGAAAUACACCACAUCAUCAACAACAACAGGAACCAUCGUCCGACAGAAAUGUGCCUACCUCUGUUGUGAAAUCAGUACAAGCCACACACAGCGUGGAAGAAUCAGCUAUCGCACCUGCUGUUAAAACAGAGUCAUCUCAGCCAUAUGGCCAAUACCAAGAAAUAAGAGAUCAGCAGCCGUCCACAUUAUCUACCGCCAAUAACUGGGACAGUAAAUCUACGUCAAUAUCGGCGACAUCUUUUGUUCCCAACACUGCUACGAGAACAUCUGUAAAGCACCAAUCUAUGGUGACACUUUUUAAUGAGAAUGAGCCAAUACCAUCGUUUGAGGCAAUGGGUCUCGCAAGGCAACCAUCAGAAACGUGGUCGGCACCAAAUAAUGUAGAACUGUCAUCAAUUUCUCCUAGAAAGAUCUCUCCUAAGAUAGUUAACACACAGUCUCCUAAUACUGUUCAUAAAUCAUUAGCUAGACAUUUAAUUCGGGAAGGUACGAUGGAACAGGUUACAAAAACAAAAAUAGAAGGGAAUCCCAUAUUGAAGAAGAAGCAAAUAUCGAAAAUGCCAGCUACAAAUGAAGGUAGCACUUUCGACCACAUUUCCGUCAAUGGUCUAUCCACGAAAAAACCACAACAAAUCUACUUUUCGAAAAAUAUAGACUCUAAACCACAAACCGUCAACCAUGGUGCUUCCGAAGGACCGAUAGUAGCAGCAGGGAAUUCUAAAGAUAUGACAUUCUUUUCCUCCGACACUGAAUAUUAAUGGCGGAAAUGCGAACAAACCAAAAACGAAGCCUAAUAUUGCCACAACCCCAAGCAGUUUGGUUCCUUCUCCUCUUGAAAGUCCAUUGUUACACCAACAACAACAACACCAUCAACAACAACAACAAUCCUUUAUUCAAGGACCGAAAGAAGUUGAAAGUGGUUCUAGAAUAACGGUAGUCUCACGUACUGCCCCCGACACAUCCAGAGCUACAUCCCUUACUGCUCACGACACGUCUAGGAGUGCCUCACCUACCGCUCCCGACACGUCUAUAAGUGCAUCACCUACUGCUCCCGACACAUCUAGAGCUACAUCCCUUACUGCUCCCGCCACAUCUAGAGUUAAAUCACCUACCGCUCCCGACACAUCCAGAGAUACAUCCCUUACUGCUCCCGACACGUCUAGAAGUGCUUCACCUACUGCUCCCGACACCUCGAGAGGUGGUGCAUUAUCUACCCUCAAUAGUUUAUCAGCCACUUUGCAUGACAGGUCCAAAACUGAACCAGCUGUUGCUACAGGUAUAUUCAGGUCUACCUCAUUUGUUGCAACAGACACCUUACAGUCAGGACUUUCAGGACAACAACGCCACCAAAGCUCAGUAUCUAGUUUAUCUGCUUUGGACCAUCCCGAAACAGUCAACUUUCCAAAUCUUGAUACGGCAGCUUCGCUACCAAACACAAUUAGCAUUACAGAAAGAAAUAUAAAGACAGCAUCAUUUAGCAAUCAAGAUAAAAAUUCAGCUUCGACUACGGGAAUAUUUUCUGCAAAUCAAGGGAAUAAAAAUAGCGUAUCUUCCCCGCCCCGAGAAUCGCAACGAUCAACAUCCGGGUCUGUUUCCAUAAGUAAGCCAAACAAAGUACAAGAUAGUUUAACUGAGAAUACCUUGGAGAAAGUGAAGAUUUCCGGGUCACUUUCAACCGGCCAAGAAGACAAUGGACCACGUCUGAGUCAACAAUCGAUGGUUUUACAUCAUAAUAUUGACGUCAUACAGUCAGGAACCAAUAGUAUUAAUCAGGGUGGAGCCUCACUAAGCACAGCACCAUCUGGUGUCGACGUCAGUCACACGAAUACAGCAUAUGAAACGUCCCGACCGGACAAUUCACAGCAAUUACAGCAACCAGCAUUACAACCUGUAUCUUUUAUAGAUUCCAUCAAUAAAGAAAUGGCGGAGUUAACAGCACAAAAUAGGAUACCUUCUGCCAACCAUGAAAAGAAAAUUCGGGUUAUUGUCCCUAAAAAUAACAAUGAAUGGGAUACCAUUGUUCCCUCUGUACCUAAUAUAUUGGCGUCUAUGGGAAGACCAAAACUCUCAUUCGGUUUCGACCCUGGAAACACAGUGCAACAAAUCAAACGUAUCCCUAUAAAUGAUUUAAAUAAUAAAGUGAUUCCCACAGAUAAUGUUUAUAAGAAAUCAAAACAAUCUAAUGUUCAAUCAAUUUUAGAUAUGGCAUUUGGAACAUCCAAUUAUGUAACGUCUGGAAAACGACGUGAGAAAACGAUAGCAGAAAAUACAAAUUCGGGAAAAACUGAGUACGAAUCAUCAAAAAUUGAUUUUGUACAGUAUAAUACCGUGGACCGGAGACAAGCACAAUCAGAUCCCAUAAAAGAUGUACAAGAAAUGUAUGGCGUAUUCAGUGGUGCAUUACCAAACUUUGGCCAAUCACCCUUUAACGUUGGUCUUCCCGGGGACCAAGUCUACAUACCGACCUUAUUAAUGACACAACAGCAAAAACUAGGAUCCCAGCCGACAGAAAAGAACAUAGUACGUGACCAACUCUCAGGAAGACUUGAAGCGUCGCCAAUGGACACUGGUAGAAAACAGCAGGACGGUAAAACAAUAAGUAGCCAAACAGUUAAUCAAGUGAUUGAUCGCCUACCUACCAGGCACCAAAGGGAGAAUAACAAAGACUCAGUAUUAAACGCUAAUGAUAGAUUAACUUCCAAUAAUGAGGUAAAUACCGGUUUACAGAAACAUCUUGGGAGACGUAUUCAGCAAGACUCUGCUGCCGUAAACAGUGUAGGUCUUUCCCAGCCAGUCAAAGGAACACCACAAAGUGUCGGGGUGAUGACCUCUUCGACAGUCGCUACAACUGUGGCGCCGGCUUUCCCCACUCGCAAAUUAACGACAUCUCAUGUCAUUCUUGAGCGGCUCUUCGACUAUAACGCUCUGGUUACCACGACUCCCCUACCAGUAACGAGAAAUAGAGAUGCUGUUUACACACAAAUGAAGAAUGGUCCUUUUGUGGAAGGAAAUAAGGUUACCGGAGCCUUAAAAGAUCUGACUACUACGUCUGUGAAUCAGAAUAACGUGAUUGAUAAUACAAAAAAAAUCUCCGGACCGCCUAAAGACGGAAAGGAAAUGACCGUACCAGAGAAACAAAAUGUUAGAUCUACUUUUAAUGGAAAUGAAAAUGUAUUUACAACUCGCGUCACGAAAACGGAAACCAUAAAUACACUAGGAAACACAAAAGCCUCCAACCCAGAAAGUCGAAGCUUGGUUACUUUCUCCAACCAGCAUCAGCCUAGCUUUGUUUCCAACAGUCACAACAAGAUACGAAAUACCGCCAUGCCAGGUUGGAAUGCUGACUAUUCUGUAGCGAACAGUUUAUCAGGGUUUGGAAAUUUAGAUUUAAAGGUAGAAAGUGCCAUUAAAACUAAAAUCCCUUCAUCAUCUACUGGUAUAUCCGGAGAAGGUAAAGGCGCUGAGACCAUUAAUCAGAAGAAUGUAGGUUCUUCGGUUCAACCUUUGACUGUUACGCCUAUCGUCGUGGGCACAAACGGAAAAUCGUUAAUUGAGAAAGUGGUUACUGGUGAUACCAGUUUAAGUAGCGUUAGCAAGAACAAUGCCAAAACUCAAGCGAAAUCAACAGAAACAAAAGGCAACGAGCCUGCUACAAUCAGUCUGAGUAAUCCGUCGGGUGGGCAAAUUAUUAGUGGCGACUCAAGCUCGAUCAGCCUGGUGUCACGUAACACGCUGGAGUAUGGCCUGGACAAAACGGCAAAAGACAGUCAGGACCAACUCAAGCCAACAGGAAAACAUGGAAUAACAGCUAAUACACAAACUGUUUUCUCUGUUCCACCCAGAGCGGGAAAUGGUAAUAUCAAUGACCAGAAAACCGAAAAGAUAGAAGCAAAUGUUGGAAAAACGAGCAAAUUUCAAAAUGCCGGAAAAAAUCUAAACAAAUUUUCUUCGGAUAAAAGGAACUUCUUAAGACACCAUGGAAUGAAUGCAGAUUUCAGAGAUCCAGGAUUACAUAGUUUAAGCAUUGGCUCCUCAUUUGGAGAUGUUAGAGGGGAAAGCAGAAAAUUACCGGCAAAGGCAAAGUGGCCAGUAAACAAGAAACAAAAUAGAAAGUCUUCAUAUAAAUUCAGUCGUGUUGUAAAAUCCGGUCUUAGAAAGAAUAGACCCAACAGAACACCUCUUCCUUCUUCCAGGCUCCAACACAAGAAAAGUUAUCGAACAGCAGGUACAAUAAGGAGGAGGCAUCACUAUAAGACGGGUUGAUAAAUACAUUUAACAGAGGGAAAUGUUAUAUAGCACAAGGGAGGGUAUUCAGUCUCAUUGUAUUUCAAAUUCUAUUAUGUUUAUUUUCAUGAACAUUUUUGGCACGUAACUGAUUACGGUUGAGGCCGUCUUCUCAAUCUAAACUGAUAGAGAGAUACUUUCUUAUUGAGAGAAGUGGCAGGAACGGAAACAAUCCGUUUAAUAGAAAAAUCAGAAAAAGAGGUUACGUAAGGAUUGGAAAUAAAGUUGUACGUAUCAAAAUUUUGUGAUGUCAUCUUCCGAUAUGAAAACUUAGCAAUCAUUUAUUAUUCUUGUAUAUCUUUUCUGAUACAGGUGACUAGGAUGGAAUACCUUAACAGGUUUAGUAGAGUAUUAGUCAUUGUAACAGCAUCACUUGUUUAUCCACAUACAAAGCAAGUAUGCGUGAAAACAGCAGGUCCUCAUAAGGAAAGUAUGCUUACCGGAAACACUAACACAGGUCACGUGGUCAAUGCUAGCACGUGAUGUUAACAAACAUAUGAACUUAACGAUUCUACGGAACAUACAUAGAUUAAUAUGUAAUAACACAACAAAAAAACAAUAGCAUAACAUGACCACGAACAUGCGAGUUGUUGAUUUUCACGAGAGCAUUUUCAUCUUUAUAUUCAGAUUUUAUUUUUUUAUAAAAAUAAAAUGUUACGGAAAAAAACUGUAUUAAAUGAAAUAUCAAAGUGAUAACUAUUUUGUUGUUAAUAAUAUUACUAGUUAGACUGACAUUAUUUUGAAAUAACUUCAUUCUAAUAUAUAACAUUUUAGCUUGUUAUUGAGCAUAUCUGAGUACCAAACAUAGCUGUUAUUCAGAUUACUGUAUAUCGAAAUAAAAUUCAGUUUCAAUAAAUACUUUUGUUUCAUAGACAUGCCA